UGAGGGCGUGCGAGCGGGGCGCGGCAUUUCUGGAAGUCCUGCCUAUAAAACUCCAUCUUCCAGCUGUCGUUUUCAUUAAACAAGUCCAAUCCAAGCACCUGAGAGUAGAGAAAGGGCGGUGUUACAGACGAUCAAAGGCGCAGAUCUCGCAGCAAAUCCUAAAAUUCUGAGCGUCGCACCAUGAGGAAGCCAUCCCUCCGGGUCCUCUUCUCCCUGUCCGUCCUGCUCCUGCUGCAGGAACACUCAACUUGGGCCAGACGUUCAGGCUCCUCCGGCAGAAGCUCUUCCAGCUCGUCUUCGUCUUCAUCAUCAUCAUCAUCCUCCUCGUCAUCGUCUAAAUCUUCGUCGCACACCAAGACCUCACAAGGGAGCAAUACGCACUCCAGUGGCUCCCCCAAGCAAUCGCACAACCCAAGCAGCCAUCCAGCUGCAGGAGGCCAUAACACUUGGAGGUACCCUAGCAGGGGACUGGGGUAUCGACCGGGGUCUGGGGUUUACACUGCCGGGGAGGAAGAGACCCCCAACUGGAACCCCAAUAACGAGAUCCUCAGCCCCCGGUAUGGUGGAGGCGGGGGCAAAGGAGGGCGCUCCCCGUUCUCUUACCAGGUGCAGCAGAUGGGCUACGGGCCGAACAAGCAAUCCAAGGGUUACGCCAAGACGGCGGCGGUGGCGGUGGGCACCGGGGUGGUGGCCGGAAUGGCCGUGCACUACGGGCUGGGCCGCUUCCCGCGCCCGCACGUCACCUUCCGCAGCCCCGAGGAGAGGUACUACUACAACCGCUACAUGUACCAGCGCUACGGCUCGCACUCCACCGACAAGGACGACUUCGGCUGGGACUACCGCUACAAGCCGAGGGAGAGGUCCUACGACAGCCACAUGGAGAGCUGCAUGGCCGAGGACGACCUGCUGCGGGAGGGCGGGCACGGGGCGGGCCUGCAGGGCGACGGUCCCAAAGCAGCGGCCAACAACGGAAGCGAGGCUGGAGCCGCCGGCCUGUUGCCGGGCAACGGCACCGUCAACGCGACGGCGGCCCCCGACGCGGCGGGGGGCGGGGCGGAGCGGAAUUCCACCCCGCCCCCGGAGAUCCACGUCCCGCCGCCCGUCCGUCCUACCGGCGGAGCGAAGGAAGGGGGUGAGGAAGGGGAGGAGGCAGACAUCGUCAGCAUCGUGGAAACUGGAUACCCAGAGCUGGUGGAGCAGCUGAAGGUGCAGAAGUGCGUGGAGCGCUACAUAAACUACUCUCAUCCUUACCUGGAGAGGCAGACCGCAGAGCAGUUUCCCCAGGGAGCCGCAGCUCAGCAGCGCCCCCUCUGCCUGGGAGUGUUAGUUCUGCUCACCACUGCACUCAUGUUCUUGAGCAGCAGUGUCCUUCUGCAGUGAGAGAUGAACUUACACAUACAUACACACAUACAUAUGCUCACACAAACGCUCACACACCGUUUCACGCUCACACACAUGCAUGCACGUGCAUACACAGACAUACACUCAGAUGUGGCAGUGGUGGGCACUGUGCAAAGAACAGAGAGACAAGAAAAUUGUUGAGAAGUAGGAGUUCUGUGUUUUAGAGUUAAUUUAUUUCCAAGCAUUUUAAGCACUUGUGUUAACAUUACUGUAAUUAUCCAGCUGAUAAACCAAGGCACCUUUCUUUAAUGUCUAGCAGACCAAAAACGCAGCACCUGUACAGUGGUGGAUAAAGUACAGUAUCAACUACAAAGUACAAGAUCAAUGUCCUUUAUAGAGGGGGAAACAAAACAUUUUAACAACAGAUACAGAAAUCAGGACCAGAUAAAAAUAUUUAAUGGUUUGGGUGCUGCUUGUGCCUAAUUUUGCAUAGUUACUAAUAAUGACCUGUCAGUCAGGUACGCAGUCAGCCUGCACAAGGUGCAUUUGACAUACCCUCCUCCUCCUCCUCCUCCUCCACCAACUUAAUGUGAGUGAGCCUAACUGGUGGGCGUCAGAGUGAAAAGAAACAACAGCUUGACAUCACAUUUUGAAAAUGAGCGCAUGCUCAAUCACACUCUCCAAAACUGACAGAGGAGGUCACAACACUGGGCAGGGCACACAAAGAAUUGGGAUUUUGAAACUGGAAAUAAAAAUGAGGUCAAUUUUUUUUUAAAUGACAAAAAAAAUUCAGUCGUACAGAUUGGGCCUAAUCAAGCACUGAGUGCACGCUCUGGCAAUCCACGAAGCAAAUGGACCAAUGAGCAUGUGAGAUUUAGAAGGACAAUGUCAUGAGGGGAAAACCCUGGCAGACCAACAGACAGUAUGUCCUUAUACGCCGCAUUACUGUCCAAGAUUUCAUAGCCCAAUGCCAGUGUGGUAAAUGUGACUUACUGAAUCAUGUCUGGUGCCAGACAGUAUACACCACUUACACUGAAUCAGCCAACUAUACCUCAACUCUCUUUUUGCACUGUUUUUGUUUAUUAUUACAGGUACGUGGGAGGUGUAAAUUGCAGGGUGAAUUGGGUGCAGCUACGUCUACCUUAGUUUGUGCUGUUUUUCGUUUGUAUAUGUUGCUCUUUUUUCGAUACAGGACUUGGGUUGACAGAAGAAGUGGGGGGGCAUGGCGAGGGACACUAAUUUAGCCGUUUCGUGAUGUAAUGCCACUGUACGCGACGCCAGUGGGCUAGCUGGCUAUUACACGCGGUGAUGAAAUAACCAGGGAGCACGCCCGACGGCUACAUUUAAAGCGACUGCGAUUUGUGUCACCGCUUCGUCACAGGUGACAUUAGGUUUCGCUCAAGGUGACCGGUAGGUUUAAUCUGAAUAUUGCAAACAGCAAAACGCCUAACGUAACUAUAAAUUGUAGGCUAUAUUAGGAGUACCCAGGAAAAAACCCGAUGGAAAAAAGUAAAGAUUUCCUGCAUUGCAAGUAUGACCGUUGGUGUUAAGAAUUAGUCAGGGGAAAGGGAUUACAUGUGUCAAAUGCAUUAUGGAAAGACAUUUAAAAAUGUGAAAGUCUAAAUGGUAAACAAUGAACAUCUCUACUUAGAAAAUGUGAUAUUUUCGGUUGUUUAAGAUGAACUCCCUGUGGCCAAUGUAAACACAGGGUUUGAGAUUGUAAAACUGAAUUGACUAAAACAUAUAUAUAUAUAUAUCGCCUGAAGGUACACCUUGUAAAUAUGCUUGCAGCAACAGUUUCGUACCAUAGUAAUUUACACAUAUAGCGUUUGUGAGUAAUGUGAUUCAUUUAUGACAUAUAUUAUGGAUUUUCAUUAUAAUUAUUGGCCCAUGCAAUUUCGGGGAACAGUGUAGGCCUAACUGAAACAAAAAAAGACAUGGAUGCCAGUGUAUGAGUGGAUUCUGUUUAACUGCACUAAAGCAUUGUCCACUUGAAAGUUAAGAUUCAAAUAUUUUAUUUUACAUGACUGUUACUCUCUCGACUGCAUUCUGUGGAAAACAAGCCUGUAACUAACAUAUACUUGUAUUGCCAGCAACUGAGUGUUAUGUUCUGUAAAGAUAUACUGUAUUUAGUGCCUUCAACUGUUCAUGUAUUACAAAAUAUUACUUCUGUAUGCAUAAGAUACAAAAGCACCCUGGGCUUGAAUAUUCCUCAUUAUAUGUUUUAUUAUUAGCAUGAAAUGGAUAAUGGCCUCAAACAGCUAAUCCCACCUCGUUAGCAUUGCUAAAGUGCAUUUCGUUUAUUUUUCCAAUGAGUGGUGGUCGAUCCAAAAAGCAUCAACUUCAUAGUACAAAAAUCGAUUUGCAACUAUGGGUGAAAACCAACAGAUCGUCUAAAGCCAGUUAAGUGCACAGUCCUGUGACUGCAUUUACAAAAUCAUGCAACUUUAAUGCUUGGGAUUUUCCCACUGCAAGGGUCACUGAAUAAGGAGAAGCAGAUUCAGGUGUGAUCUAUUGUACGAUGCCAUUUUAAAAAUUAUAUACAAUUUUUCCUGAAUACAAACAAGGUGCAUUUCAUUUCCACAAGCCUGUGCAGAAACAGUUUCUUAUUUGAUGGUGUUGUUUAACUGUCAGUUCUGAUUAAAAUAUUUCUUCAACUGAUGCACUAUUCACUCACAGUAUGCAUAAAAGGUAUUGCAUGUGCAGAUUAUAAAAUUACUCCAGAAUGCAAGUUACUAUUUUUAUUGGUCCAUGGACCCUUGUGUCAUCUUUAUUCAUUAUUUUUUCUCUAUCUUAUAUUGUAUGUCUAAAAGUUUGUGGUACAGAAUAGCUUUCACAGCCUCUCACCCCCCAGAAAACACAAGUGCUCUUAUUUUAUGCCUUUUUAUACUUCAGUUCUUACCUGCAACUGAGCUAAAAUAUCUCAGCAGGUUUUAACACUUACUCCUCCUUUCCCUCUGAAGAAGAAAUCUUUUAACAAAGGAAACAUAAUAUCCACCAUAAAAACAUGCAAAAUUACUGCCAGCCAUAAUUGCACAUGCUUGAAGAGUUGACUCAUAAUCAAGUCAUAUCUGGGGAACGAACCACUGAUUUCACUGGGAGGAAGACCAGAAAACAAUGCCGUCGGGAAAAUGAAUCCUUUACGUUUAAUCAUUUUUCACACCGUAAACAUUUAUAUCCAUGGAUUCAGUGAAAGCUGCCAAAUCAUCAUAAAGGCAGGUUGUGCCUGGCCCCAGUCCUGGAGGUCCAGUUGCGGGUUUUUGCUCCAACCAAUUGUUCUAGCAUAAUUUUAACAGCUGUCCGCUCCGAUACCGUGCCACAAACGUAUCACACCACAGCUUAAACGUUUUCACCGAGGACGGCGUCUGCCUCAAAUUACUGAACUAAUUACAUCGUUCAGAGCGGAAGAUAGUUUAAAAUCUGGAAAUGGAUUGGCCCUAGUUGGUCACUCUGGUCUUCAGCAACAGAGCGAAAUUACAUCAAUAAAAAACCAUCCCUUAGAGGGUGUGGCAGCUUUCCCCAAUUUAAUCUGUUCUGUUUGUUUGUUUUACUUAUUGGAAUCUCAUUCUUCAGAUUCAGUUCUGUUAACCCCAAGGGACAUUUAAAUGAAGACACCGGUGUCUAAUUACACUAAUUAGAAACUAACUGAUGAGGUUAAACUCAGGGGAAGUGUUGCAUGCUACUCUGUAUCAUCUCUGUCUGCUUGUGAUGUUGAACCUGUGUGGGAAUAAUAAUUACUCUGUGAAUGCAAAGCAGCCCACCGUAGGCUUUUACUGCUAAUUGUGUGUGAACCGCAGGCACUAAUAAAGGUCUUGUGCAUUUACAAA